AUGAAUGAAGCGGGACACUAUCCUCCACCGGACUUCAGCUGUCCUCCUCCAGACUUCCUCCAGCCCUUCCAGCAGCAGCAGCAGCAGCAGCAGCCCGGCUCCAGCAACUUCCACCCCGGCAUGUGGAGCUGGGCUGAGUCGCCCUCCGAGCCCAGCUGGGACUACAACGGCCAGGCGAGCUGGAACCACGGGGCAUCGGCAGGGUAUGGUUUCCAGUCAGGCCGUGGAAACUAUGCACCUAAACGUCCAUACGGUCAAAACUUUGGUCAUGAAUGGCAUCAAGGUGGACAUCAAGGUGGAAAUCGAGGUGGGAGGCAGAAUUACGGACCCCCCGGCAACCAUGGAAAAAAGCAGAAAAAUAAGAAAGAACCAGAGUAUUCCCAUUUUUGUGACACGUGUGACCGGGGCUUCAAAAACCAGGAGAAGUAUGAUGAACAUAUGUCUCAACAUGUCAAGUGUUCUGUGCCAGACUGCAACUUCACGGCUCAUGAAAAAAUAGUCAGCAUCCACUGGAGAAAUAAUCACAGGCCAGGAGCAAAAAGAAUCAAGCUGGACACACCAGAUGAGAUUGCAAAGUGGAGAGAGGAGAGGCGCAAAAACUAUCCAACUAUUCAGAAUAUGGAAAAGAAGAAAAAGGUGAUGGAGGUGCGGGAGGAGACUGGAGCCGUUCUAGAGACUGCUCAGUUUGGGCGAAUGAGAGGUAGAGGGCGAGGAAGGGGUCGAGGCCGUGGGUGGGGUCACAGAGGGCGACAUCCACAAGGCCAGUACCCAUCGGACGGCGGCGCUACAGAGAGACCUCCACAGCUCACCAAACCCUGCAGGGAUAUCGAUCCACUGGGAGCGCUGGCCAGCAGUGACCACGAUUCUGACAGAGAGGAAGCAGCACCUGCGUCCAAGCCUGGUAUCCUGGUUGUGCCCCCUAAAAAGAUGAGUUCAGCUCUGGGCUCACUGGUGGCCAACUAUGGCUCCAUGAGUGAGAGUGACAGUGAUGGAGCACCAGAGGCUGCCCCGAUUAAGAGAGCUAAAGACCUGCUGCAAGAAAACCAGGCUUUACUAAACACAAUACCACCAAAGUCCCAGGAAAGAGGACCAUUUAGGGGCACAGAAACCUCCCCAUAUGGUGCAAACACUCACAAUGGCUCUGCCCAUCACACGCCGAACAACAGAGGAGGAAGAGGAGGAAGGGGUGGAAGAGGAGGCAGGGGAAGAAGGGGUGGUAGAGGAGGAUUCCAAGAUACACCGCAGACACGUCGUGCAACUCUACUCGAGAUGUUACUGGCCCCAGAUAUCCGCCAUGAGAGGAAUGUCCUCCUGCAGUGUGUACGCUAUGUUGUCCGAAACAACUUCUUUGGGCUGGAGAGCAAACCUCAGAGUCAGGAGGGGACCAAAGCUAUGCAAGCUAUCACAACUGUAGAGCAUGAAGGGAGGCAGAAAAAGCCAUCAGAGUCUUUGCUUGGUGGAGAGAGAGGUUCAGCAGAGGGUGCCGCUGCAUCUCACGAAGGUGAUAAGGAAGAUUUAGCACCGAGUAAAGCUUGUGUGGCCACAGGUGUUGAAGUCGACCAAUGCUUGCCACAAAACUGUCAAGACCAACGUUUAGAGAAUGGCCAUGUUCGCUCAGAACCAUCAAAGGAUCCUCCCGUGGACUCGGCUCAAAGCGUAGCACCAAGUGCUGGGCAGGUUGCAGGCGAGUUCUCCCAAAAGGCUCAAGAAACAAGUUCCAGAGACUGCCACAGCCUUGUUCUGACAGCCACAGAGAAAAUCACAUCUUCCUCUAAUGUUUAUGAUGACGAAAUAUGGGAGAGCUCAGGUGCUAUUAUAUAACAUGCUAGUAAAUUACUAAUAAAGAUAUUAUUUUGUUCUAAAACAUGAUACUGGGACAUUUCAGAAUACAGAUUGAUGUUUAGAUCAUUACC